AUGGGCUGGAUUUCGGCGCUGUUACUGCUCGUGCUGACAGCAGGAGGAAGUGUACACGGGAAGAUCGACCGUCAGGCGAUUGUUCGCUCGUACAACCCGACUCGCGGACCGCAACCUAAUGCGACGACGCCUCUUCAAAUUGGCAACGGCAACAUAGCGUUCGGCGCCGAUAUCACCGGUCUACAGACCUUCCUCCCAUUCAACACCCUCAGCUCGUGGGGAUGGAAGAACGACUCUUUGCCUCCCGGGAAGACUCAAGAGGAUGUAGACAAUUACAAAGGUGCUAGUUGGCCUAUGCAUGGACGCGAGGUUCGGUACGACUUCGGCGGUGACCCAGCAAUCGAGACGUGGCUCACUGCAAACCCGAACCGCGUGAACCUGGCACGGCUUGGACUUUUCUUCGUCGACGAGGGGACAACGGGAGACGUCUCGAUGGACGACCUUGCAGAUGCCACGCAGACACUGGAUAUCUGGACCGGCAUUCUCACCAGCUCGUUCACCUUCAACGGCUCAAGCGUGAAUGUCACGACCGUCAUGGCCCAAGAUUUGGACGUCCUGGCUGUAUCGCUCUCAUCCGAUCUGGUCAGCUCAGGACGUUUGGGCUUGUUCGUUGACUUCCCGUGGUGCGAUGGGAGCAACAAGUUCAACGCGCCGUUUGUGGGUGUAUACAACGCUACUUCGAACCAUACGACAAGCUUCGGUACGUCUGAGGAUGGCAAUGCUGUCAUCAGUCAUACGAUGGUCAACAAUACCUUCCUCACGACAUUUGGGGGCGACGCGUUCAACAUCACGCGCGACACUCCCGAUGCGCAUCGUUACACCAUUCUCCCCACCUCGACUGCGAAUGCCUCGACGUUUACGCUAUCAAUCGGCUUCUCCCUCGACGCUCUUGAGUCGCUACCGUCUCCGGCCGAAGUGGUCAAGUCGUCGGAGGACGCUUGGGAGGAGUUCUGGACCGGAUCGGGAUUCGUGGACGUUGUCAGUGGGAGUACCGAUGAGAGGGCGGAUGAGCUGCAGAGGAGGAUCGUGCUUAGUCGGUACUUGGAGAGAGUCAAUGAAUCGGGUGAUAACCCGCCACAAGAAUCGGGGCUCACGAACAAUGGAUGGUACGGCAAGUUCCACAUGGAGAUGUUCUUCUGGCACUCCGCGCACUGGGCGCUGUGGGGAACCUGGGAUCUGCUGAACCGUGCGACUGGGACGUACCACGACUUUAUGACAACGAGCAUCGAGCGCGCGCAAGUGCAGCAGGGCUUCGCAGGUGGUGCGCGCUGGCCGAAGAUGACGGACCCAACUGGCCGCAGCUCGCCGGGCACAAUCAACAACCUACUCAUAUGGGAACAACCGCACCCCAUCAUCUUCGCCACAUACGCUCUGCGCGCGGCGAACUCUUCUGCCGCUCAGCAAUCAGUUGUAGACUUCUGGAAGGACAUCGUCAUUGCGACGGCGGACUUUAUGGGCGCGUACGCCUAUCACAACGAGAGCACGGGAUACUUCGACUUGGGUCCGCCCAUGUACGUCGUGAGCGAGGAUACGUCACCCAAUGUCACUGCGAACCCAGCCUUUGAGCUCGUGUAUUUCCGCCUCACGCUCUCGCUUGCCUCGUCUUUCCUCGAAACCGCUGGUCAAGCCGUCCCUUCGAACUGGACCGACGUCCUCCAAAAUCUCGCUCCUCUGCCAAUACAAGACGGGCUCUACGCCGUGUACGAAGGAAUCGAAGAAAACUGGUGGAACGAUACGGCGUAUACGAGCGACCACCCAAGCCUAGCCGGGCUCGUCGGCUGGCUCCCUCCCGUCGAUGGCGUGGACCUAGCAACAGCAAACACUACAACGCGAAAAGUGUGGGAAACAUGGCACGUCGACAACCUCUACGGCUGGGACUUCCCCUUACUCGCUCUCUCCGCCGCGCGCCUCGGUUCGCCGGACCAGGCGAUAGACUUUUUGCUGGACCCGUUGUUCUCGUUUGACGAUGCGGGGUAUCCGACGGGCGGGACGAGAGUGCCGACGCCGUACUUCCCGAGCUCGGGGAGCUUUUUGUAUGCUGUUGCUGCGAUGGCUGCCGGGUGGGAUGGCGCGGAGGGAGAGGCGCCGGGGUUCCCGGAGGGAUGGAAGGUUGCUGUUGAGGGGGUGUCGAAGGUGUUGUAG